UAACAAUCAUUGGUACCAAAGUCAUUUCUAAUUUUCAACAAACCACGAAAAUGCGAAUAUCCUUUUCAUUGAUAUUACUGGUAGUUGUUUUAACGGGACAUUUUGGCAGAGGAGAAUGUACAAAGCGAUUUAUUUCUAUGAGCACAGUAACGGCUUCGUCACAGCUUUCUCCACAAUAUUCCCCUGCGCACGCAGCUUUGUCUUCUAAAACAGCGUGGUGUCCAAAGCAAAACUUUACCGACAAAGAGUACCUGCAGGUUGAUUUUGGUGAGCGAAAGGUUGUAAGGAAAAUUCAAAUAGCCGGCGAGGCGAACCCGCCUGUUAACGAAACUGCCAGGCAUGUAACUAAGUACCUGAUUCAAGUCAGUUCGGACGGAGGUACAUAUGAAGACUUUGACGCGGUUUCAAAACCAAUGGCUGAGAUGGAAAUAAGAACCCAAUACAUCCGUCUGAAGCCACUGGAGUUUCAUAAUUUUCCCUGCAUGAGGCUUGAAAUUUACGGAUGUAAAGCAAAGGAUCCUGAACUAUGCAGUGAAAGCAAUGGGGGCUGCUCUCAGAUAUGUGAGCAACGUUCUAAGUAUUGUCUGUUCGGUAAAUGUUACUUUAACUGCAAUAUCGACUUCUUGUGUACCCGAUGGGUGGAAUGCAAGUGUCAGCCUGGAUACAAACUACUAGCAGACGGGAAGAAUUGUGCUGAUGUAAACGAGUGUGAUACCAACAAUGGCAACUGUGACCAGAUUUGUGAGAAUUCUAAAGGCAGUUAUCAGUGCAAGUGCCGCAGCGGAUUCCUAAUUGACAGUGACAAGCACAAAUGCAAUGACAUAAACGAAUGCAACAACAACAAUGGCGGUUGCAAUCAGCUUUGCAGAAAUAAUGUUGGAAGUUAUCAUUGUGAGUGCACUGUGGGAUUCGAGCUUUCAGAGGAUAACCAUACUUGUGUCGAUAUCGAUGAAUGUCAAGUUAAUAGUGGAGGCUGUAGUUAUGGAUGCCAGAAUCUUCAAGGAAGAUACAUCUGCACUUGCCCUAUCGGAUUCGAGUUGGACCGAUCGCAAAAGAACUGCAAAGACUCCAAAGAAUGCUUGCUGGCCAAUGGUGGUUGUGAGACUAACUGCCACAACAAUAAUGGCAGCUAUUAUUGCUCGUGUAACUAUGGCUUUGAAUUAUACGAUAAUUACAGAUGUCGAGACAUUGACGAAUGCUCUCGAAAUAUUGACCAAUGUAACGACACCUCUACAAGCUGCCGAAAUUAUCAAGGAAGAUACGAAUGUCCUUGCAAGAGUGGCUUCAAAUACAAACAAGGAGACUCCUACAAUUGUGACUACAUCACUUGCCCAGCCCUGUUGGAGUCUAUGGGCACAUCUGUGAGUCCUAAGUCCCAAUGCUUAGUCGUCGGCGGCAGGAAAGUGAAUGAGACAUGCAAGUUUAGUUGUAGCGAUGGCUACGAGCUUCCAGAUCCUAAUAAAGACACCCUCACCUGUAUAGAAACGGGUUCAUGGGAUGCUCCUAUCAUAAACUGCCAACGCGUAACAUGUCCAGCCCUACCCCCUAUAGGAAACGGGGAACUACUUCCGAGCAUUUGCCCAAUUUCUGGAAAUAGUUUUGGCAGCAGUUGCGUUUACAGUUGCGAUUCCGGUUACAGAUUGACCGGUGUGGGUACGAAAACAUGCCAAGCGAAUGGACAGUGGGACGACCAAACUACACCAAGUUGUAAUAAAGACUAUCCCAAGCCAUGGAUCACUUGCCCUGCAGACAUCGUUGCAGUUCUUGCACCAAACACUAAGGAACACAAUAUCACUGGGUUGCUCGGUCAACCUCAGUCUAAUGUCAAAGAUAUCCAGAUGUUUCCAGAAAAGUACCGAAGCAGUAUGUUGUUCCCAUCGGGAUCAACCAUGCUUACUUAUGUCGCCAGUAACGAAAUCGGUGAAACUGCGAAUUGUACCACAGUUGUGACCAUACAAGAUCAACAAAAACCAACCAUUACAUACUGCACGGAAGAUGUAUAUGUAGCUGUAUCAGGUUCGGAAGCUCCCAUUACAUGGCCAGAGCCAAGCUUUACAGACAACGUCGGGGUUGUAAAAGUGACCUCGACAAAGAAGCCUGGCGACACGUUUCAAAUUGGAUCGUAUACGGUACUCUAUGAAGCGUUUGACGCCGCGGGGAAUAAAGAGGGCUGCUCUUUCGUAGUGAAACUGACGCGGAAGAAGUGUGAAGAACCAAACGAACAGCCUGACAAUGGGAAAUUGGACUGCAAAACAUUCGGAGACUACAUUUACUGUUCAGUCAUAUGUAACGCUGACAAACAGUUGUUCAAGUACACUUUUGGGUCAAGCUGCAAUCCAAGUUCGUUGAUAUGGACACCCCAAGAGGUUGUAAUCGACUGUGUUGACUUUGUCACCAUGCCUUCAAAUACAUCGUGCCCUUCUCAGACAAUUCCGCAGCCCUCCCUCAUAGGUGUAAAAAAUCCACUUCAGCCAUGCGUUAAAUGUCCUCGAGGAAUGAAAUACGAGGGGUCACAAAAAGACUGCAUACCAUGCUCUAUCGGUUACACGAGUAAACAGGAAUCAAGCCUGAGUUGCAUCAAGUGUCCAGAAAAAAAAAGCACCAGAAAGGAGGGAUCGAAAACAUGCGAAGAUCUUUGCGACAAAGGGAAGUCAUCAGGAGAUGGGUUCGAUUCUCCUGACAAACAUACGUGUCAUCUUUGCAACAUUGGAUUCUAUCAAGAUCAAUAUGGCGCCACACAGUGCAAGCAAUGCCCGAAUGGACUCACUACAAUUUCGAAGGGAUCAACCUCCUUGGGUGACUGUGGAGUAACAGCAACAAUUUCUUCCUUUGGACCUCCUACCAUGAUCGUCGAUGUGGCUGAAAAUGGCAAAGUUGAAUUUCAGUGUAUGGCGUCUGGAACACCGGAACCUACAUUCGUAGUAAAAAAGACAAACCCAGUACCAGAUGGUUUCGGAGGGUCUGUCAGUGUAGAGGAUAUCAAGUCAGGUGAUGCCGUGACCGGUGUACGCUACAUAAUUCUCAGUGCGACAGAACAUGACGCUGGACUAUACUUCUGCACUGCCACCAACAAGUUUGGAUCAGAUACGAAGCAACUCACUUUGAACGUUCAAAUUUCCGGUGGAAGUGGAUUAGGAGUUUGACUGCUUGGAAGAAAUAUUGUUACGUAAAGCAACGGUACAAAACAAGUCACUGGAGUGACACAGGGAUUUCCUUUAUUCAGUUUUAGAAUCUUACUUUAACCCAUUGUGAGUUCAGUGUAUUCUGAACCAUUAUAGUUUGUGUUGUGACAAAUCAAGGAUCACCAAACAAAAUAAAUUUGAUAA